AAUUCGAGCGUUCUUAUCCAAACCUUCCUCACCGUCGGUCUACUCAUCUUGCCUUAAAUUGGCGCUAUCUGUCCGUACCCCACCACGCUAAGUUCGGCUUUAAUUUGGAUUUCAUCUUCCAUUUUUUAAUUAUUAAUCUUUGAUGGUUAAUCUCUCCAAAAACCCCAUCCCUAUAAAUCCCCACAGAUUAGUAAAUUAAAACCCUGAUUUCCCAAUUGUAAGAUGGGAGAUUUAUCUGGCCCCGUCGGCACACCAUCAUCGCCUUCAGAUUCCACCGAUCAGCCAAUAAUCGACCUGCCAAUGUUCUACUACUCCCUUGCCGUCGUCGGAACCGCCGCCUUCAUCAUCGCCGUCUACCAUCUCAUCGCCAUCCGGUGGUGCGCCGACCGGGUGAGCCGGUCCCAGUUCUCCCGAUCCACGCCGAGUCGACUAGGCGUUGAGAAUCCGAAGGCCAGGAUCUGGGUGCCCAGUUUCACGUACGUGAAGAAAGAAGAGGGCGGCGGCGACUGCGCCGUCUGUCUGUCGCCGUUCGAGGACGGCGAGGAGGUCCGGCGGCUGCCCCGGUGCCAGCACUCCUUUCACGCUCCUUGCAUUGACAUGUGGCUGUAUUCUCACCCGGACUGCCCGCUCUGUCGCUCCGCCGUGGAGCCGCCGCCGCCGCCGCCGCUGCCGGCGGAGCUCUGGCGGCAAAACGUAGUGACUCGACAGGGGAAUUGGCGGGAAGGUUUGGUGGGUUCUGCUGCGGUUUAGUUUGAGUUUUCUAUUCUAUACUUUUUGGAAUUAGUGUUUGGAUAGAGGGGAAAGAAAAUUUUGAUACCCCGGGUCUACUGCAACUGUACUCUUAGUCUUCUCCCGGUACCUGGUCGCCGGGUUUGGGUUGGGUAGGAUAGGAUAGGGGGUUCAUCGUUUAUACAGAGAAAUUAUUAUUUUAAAAUUCGUAUUUACCAUAGCCAUCGUAAAAAUGUUCUCUUGUCAAUAAAAUUGUCAAUAUCAUCAUAGAAUAAAAUGCGCUUUAUUUUUGCAUAA